GGCUUAAACCCUCUGGUAUGUGUCUCUUCAGAACAAAACCUUCACCGAUCCUCUUCUUCACUUCUUCACUCAGCUCUCUCUUCCGCCAUGUCCGCAUUAUCGAGAGGUCUCAUUUCUCUUCUCAGAUUAACAACAGCUACUGCCACUAGUACUAGCACUACAACCACAACAACAAACCCAUCUGUAUUUCCCUUCCAUUUCUUCUUCUUGAGAAGAUUCAGCUCCGAGGCCUUAGUUGAUGGGACCGAGUUCAACCAAGACCAGCACCCACCCAAGAUCAUCGAAGCGAAGCCCGGUGUGAUGACCCCGAAUUCGAAGCGAACUGGGGUUAUUGCGCUGAAGUGUGGGAUGAGUGCUCUUUGGGACAAAUGGGGUGCUAGGGUUCCCAUCACUGUCCUCUGGGUCGACGAUAAUAUUGUCUCUCAGGUCAAGACCUUUGACAAGGAAGGUAUCUCUGCUCUACAGAUUGGUUGCGGCCAGAAGAAGGAGAAACAUUUGUACAAAUCCGAAGUGGGUCAUUUUAGAGCUCAAGGUGUUCCACUGAAGAGGAAAUUGAGGGAGUUUCCUGUGACCGAAGAUGCACUACUUCCUGUUGGUACAGAAAUUGGUGUUCGACAUUUUGUUCCUGGCCAAUACGUUGAUGUCACAGGAAUAACGAGAGGGAAAGGUUUUCAGGGUGUGAUGAAAAGGCAUAAUUUUAAAGGAGGGCCGGCAUCUCAUGGUGCGUCACUGUCACAUCGAAGUAUUGGUUCUACAGGUCAGAGGGAUGCUCCUGGAAAGGUAUUUAAAGGCAGAAAGAUGCCUGGGCGCAUGGGCGCAAAGCAGAGAACAGUUAAAAAUGUAUGGGUCUAUAAAAUUGACCCAGCCAGGAAUCUGAUGUGGGUGAGAGGCCAAGUUCCAGGUGCCGAAGGGAACUUUGUGUUUAUAAAAGACGCUGUGUACAAGAAACCUGAUGUUUCAAUGCUUCCAUUCCCUACUUACUUUGCCACAGAAGACGAGGACACCACAGAGUUGGAACCAAUAGUUGCUGAUCUUGGAGAAAUAGAUCCAUUCAUGGUGGCGGAUUAAUCUAAAGCAGGAACUGGUUGCCUGUUUGAAUGAUCUAUUCCCUUGCACUCAUUUUUUGGUGAUACGGUGGGUUUGUGUUCUAAGAGAACCAUUAAAUGAAUUUGAUUUUGAGGUUUUGUUUGGUAGAUUAGAGGACACUUCAGCAGCAAGGCAUGUAAUUUUAUUAUUGAGUUCAUUCAAUCUCUGAAUUUGAUAGUCUCUGACCAUGCUCGUGUUGGAGCUUUGUUUUUUAAAUAAUAGUGGUAAACUUGGAAUUUUGGCCUCUCAAAGAAUUAGCAUCACUCAUAGAUUUUAGUCCAA